AUGUCAAGUAGAAUCUUUGCAAUCCCCAUCCUAUCAUCCAACCUCACCAGCUCACCAGCGCUUCUAUCCCUAAAACUCGAAAUGAGAUUAACCAGCGCUAUCACCAUCCUCCUUACGGCGACUGCACUGGCCACGCCUGCGCCUGCUGCGAACCCAGAACCAUCAGACGUCGUCGCCAACGCGCCAUCAUACGCCCCCGAAGUUGAUGCACGCGCCGCAGACUUCGUCGCAGCUCGGGAUCCAAAUAAGAAGAAGCCCAAGAAGAACGACCACAACCUCACGAGCGGCAACGACACAGACAGCGCGGCACCCAUUCUGACAUCGAAUGUUGUACUCGAGCUUGGUGCUCUUGGGGUGGGCAUGAUGCUCUGGAUGUGA